CCCAUCUAGACCCCUGGCCUCUGCGUGGUUUACCUGCAGCGGUUGGGUUUCUUGGCCAUUAGUAUAUAUCCGCUUGCUACCUGAACGCACCGCGAGAGGUGUCCGGCUGACUUAACAGCAACCCCGUGGGUUGUACCUCUCUGCCUGAGACCCUGUCUACCUUCGAAACCGACCCUGUUGUCCGGUGAGGGAACGACUAGACCCCAGGAGAUCUAGCGAGGUAUAGCGAGGCCCUCGGAGAGCUGGAGUCAUGUCCAUCAAACAGGUAUGUGCGGUGCGGUCUUUGGAACGUGGCAGAGUCUCUAACCGAGGCCGUCAGGAAAUCGAGACGUGGGUGCAGGCCCUCGAACACUAUGACCGUCAAGAAUACGAUGAAUCCCUUCGGGUCUUUGGCCUCAUUGCCGAUACGUCCAAGAUUUUCUUCAACUGUGGCGUGAUCCACGCCACACUAGGCGAGCAUGAAAAGGCUGUCGAGUGCUACCAGCGGGCCGUCAGCCUGGACCAAUAUCUCGCCAUUGCCUACUUUCAAGAGGGGGUGUCCAACUUCCUCCUAGGCGAUUUCGAGGAGGCAUUGGCCAACUUCAAUGAUACCUUGCUCUACCUCCGAGGCAAUACUUCCAUUGACUAUGAGCAACUGGGCCUGAAGUUUCGUCUAUACUCGUGUGAAGUUCUCUUUAACCGUGGCCUGUGUUAUAUUUACCUCCAGCAACUGGGGUCCGGUAUACAGGACUUGGAGUAUGCGGCGAAAGAACAGGUCACGCCGGACCAUGGUGUGAUCAACGACGCCAUCCGAGAACGAGCAGAGGGCUACACGGUAUUUUCGAUCCCCGUAGGGGUUCUUUAUCGGCCAAACGAGGCCAAGGUGAAGAAUCUCAAAACCAAAGACUAUCUGGGCAAGGCAAGGUUGAUCGCUGCAUCGGAUCGGAGUGGAACUCCUUCCCAAGCAGGCGAGAUCGUCAGAAUCCAGCCCGCAAUAGACAAUCGAGCCCCUCCCGAAAGUCUUUAUGCUGCCAGCAAAUUAGUACAACGGAAUAUCACAAGAAGCCGUCAACACUCAGAGCCACCCUUGAACCGCAAUCUAUUCCCCCCAACGCCACCGCCAGAUGCCGAGAAACCCAACCUCACUAGCCCCUCGGGGAUGAGUGGUCGACCGGGAUCCAUCCGCGCGGCUCGUCCGCCCCGCCUCGAUCUAGAUCGGCCGGGUGCCCUCCAUACCGGAUGUAAAGUAGAUGCCACCCCGGACAAGUCACGGAUCGGGACGACGCGCACCGCAUCCGAGCCGCGAGGCCCACCUCGGCUCAAUCACCGCACGUCCCAGAGCGAAGUCCCAGUCUACCGAGAAAUGGGGCAUCGAAGGGGGGCAAGCGAUACCGGCUUUCCGCCGCCACCGAAGAUGUAUGGAGAGAAUGGGUACAACGGGUAUCCGAGACCAACCGUGGUCGUCAAUGGAGGCCGACGGAGCGCACCCCGUCAGCGGGAGCGAUACAUCGAUGAGCAAGAGGAGUAUAUCAGCGAAGCUGAAGAAGGCGGGGCAGCCGACGAAGAUUUCGAGAUUGUCGGAUCGCGACGCCGCACACGAUCGCCCACCCGAGGGUCAAGGAGAGCCAAUUCUCGUCGGCCAGAGGUCCGACGGUUCCGAGUUAAGGUGCAUGCUGUUGAAGACACGCGGUACAUCAUUAUCGGACCUACCAUUAGCUUCGGCGAGUUUGAAACGAAGAUCCGGGAUAAGUUUGGCUUCCGCUGUCUUUUGAAGAUUCGGGUGCAAGACGACGGGGAUAUGAUCACGAUGGUGGAUCAAGAAGACCUAGACCUUCUAUUUAGUGCUGCGCGUGAAACUGCCACGAGGGAAGGGAGUGAAAUGGGAAAGUUGGAGAUAUGGGUUGAAGAGCGAUCUAUGAUUUGAUGACCUACGGUGUUGGCGUCGGCUUGCAUUGCAUUGGCAUGUUAUACCCUUCUGAACGUACGAUGUAAAUACACGAUUAUGACAUAAUGCUUUUUCUUUUCAUUUCUUUUCUUUUGUUCUCUAUGUACAGAUACACAACUCUCAUAUAUGAAGUAGGUUACAAAAAAAAUUCCAAUAACCUAGAUAGUUCUGGUGUUGCGUGUAAAGAUAGGGAACCGACCAACCACGGCGAGACCGACACGACCUCAACUCCAGAGUGCCGCUAAUUUAGCCCUUCAGUUUUAACCACAGUUAAAAGCCUAAAUUGCAAGAGAUAUAAAAAGAAAAAGGGUCUAAAAAUUCUCGAUGCAAGCAAUAAGCACUAGGCAUUCCCGAAUCCUUGUGCUUCUGAUCGCC